UUCAAACUUUCAUUUUAUCCAUUUCAUAAUGCGCAAUAUAAAUAAUAAUUAAUUUAAGCCGGUUUUGGCUCCCAGCGUUGAUGGAUCAGGGGUCCAAUGCCGCGUCACUAAUUUCCGGCGAGCAAACUAAACCCUAGUUUAUCCCAGGCCCGUCACAGGCUACGCCCAUACCCUUCUCUCUCUUUAUCUCUCCUCUCUUACUUUCUCUCUCUACGACCAACCACCAGAUCGGCGAUAAUCUUUACCUCCGGCGGAUAUAGAUACGGCUUUGAUGAUGGAAGACGACGAAGAUGUGCAGUCGCAGCCUUCGGAAGGGACAGGAUCUCCGGCUUCUCCUCGAUCCAACGGGAGGAUAACGGUGACGGUCGCCGCCGUUCCUCCACCGCAGAACACAAAUACCUUGACCUUGGCUUUGCCCAUACAACAGCAGUCGAAGACCUCCGGAGGAGGCGGCGGCGGCGGAGGCGCCGGAGGAGGCGGCGGCCGAGAGGAUUGCUGGAGCGAAGGUGCUACGGCGGUGCUAAUUGAAGCCUGGGGCGAAAGGUACCUGGAGCUGAGUAGGGGGAAUUUGAAACAGCAGCACUGGAAAGAUGUUGCAGAUAUUGUUGCUAGCCGUGAAGAUUAUAGCAAACCCCCAAAAACUGAUAUUCAGUGUAAGAAUAGGAUCGACACCGUGAAGAAGAAGUACAAGCUUGAGAAGGCGAAGAUCGCGGCUGGCCAAGGGCCCAGCAGGUGGACAUUCUUCGAGAGGCUGGAUCAGUUGAUUGGCCCAACAGCUAAGGGCAACAAUACCAGCGGCAGCGGUGGUGGCUUUGCUGGCCCUUCCGCGAGUAACCAGAAGGUUCCUAUGGGUAUACCUAUGGGAGCUAGAUCGGCUCCUCAGCUCAGGCAACACCAGCCGCCAUUGCAGAUGCAGCAGAAGAAUAAACAGGCAUUCCGGAGAAGGCCUCCUAUUGAUUCAGACUCGUCUGAGUCAGAGCCGGAGCCUUCCCCUGAUUCAACUGAUAGCUCUCCUCCUCCCACUUAUGAGAAAAAGAGGCCAAGGAUUCAGCAGAGGGAGCUGAUGAUGAAUUCCAGUGUAGUUAGACACACAAUGCCUAGAGGAAGAGACGGUGGCGCCACCGCCCCUGCUGCUGCAGCAAGCGGCAGUGAGAGAGAUAGGAAUUGGGCGAAUUCAGUGAGAGAGUUGACUCGAGCAAUUCUGAAAUUCGGAGAAGCUUAUGAGCAAGCAGAGAAUGCAAAGCUGCAGCAGAUGGUGGAGAUGGAAAAGCAGAGAAUGAAGUUUGCAAAGGAGCUGGAGUUGCAGAAAAUGCAGGUCUUUAUGAAAACACAGUUGGAGCUGUCACAACUGAAGAAUAGGAGGGUUGGGAGCAGUAAUCACCAUAACAAUAACACCACCACCACAGCCGCCAACAAUAACAACAACAACAACACCAACAGCUUUAGCAGUAACUAGGAAGCUGUUUAAAUUAGGUUGGUUAGUGUGCAUUUUAGGUGAAUGACUAAUGCUCAUGUUUCUUUUACUCAUUAUGAAUGUUCAUGUUGUUGAAUAGAAAUCUGUAGGAUCAUUUUAGUUUGGCAGAUCUAUGGUCAAUGCUGAACAUUGUUGUAUCAUUAUUUUACUUGUGAAACUGCAACUCGUGUAGAAUGAUGAGAAAAAUUGUAGUUCAUUAGUGAUCAAGUGAAAUUUAAUACUUUCACCAUGCUUUCUACUGUAUAUGGUAUGCAAGAUUGUCUUCUACAUGUUGUCCUUGAUAGGUUAACAAUUUUUGUGUUGUUUUAUUGAGAUGUGAAGAAAUUUCUCCAUUUUCAUUGCUGUCUUCCUCAGCUGCAAAGUUUCACAUUGCAACUCGAAUGGUGAGGAGGUAACAUGGACAAUCAUAUCCUUCCUGUGAACUUAUUACUUAUCUCAAUUUUGCAUCUUGUGUUUCUAUUUCCAGGAAAUUGCCUAGCUUUCUAUAAUUCUUGAUCUUACUAAUCUUAAAGCAUCUUUAUAUUGCACCAUGUACAGUGAGCUAGGCCUCCUUGAUACAUUUGCUUGACGAAGGCAUAUCCUUUGGAUAAGUUUGAGUUACAGGAGAAAACAAAGGCCUAGAGAAUCUCUGUCUCAGUUUUCUUCCAUUGCUGUAUGCAACUAUGCAAGAAAGGCUUCAGAGAAUUAUUGAUGACCCAUGGCGAAAUGAUUUUGAUGGAAUUUGAGGAAGAAAAAGCUUCAGGCUUCAUGCUUUGAAGGUAUUCGGCUUGUGUUAGUGAAGUCCUUUCAGUUUUUGUUUUCUUUUUCGAAAAUGUAAGGACAACUUUUUUUCUUUUUUUUAGUGGAAAAGCCUUGCUACCUGAGGUGUGCUUUGACUAAAGUACAUCUUGUGACCUUAGAUGGUAAAGGAAUACAAAGAAGUAAAUUAGUCUAUGUUGCUCAUA